AUGGCAGAACAAGGGUUAGAAGGAAGCCAACCAGUAGAUCUCAAGAAGCACCCUUCUGGAAUUGUCCCUACUCUCCAGAAUAUUGUCUCCACAGUAAAUUUAGACUGCAAAUUGGAUCUCAAGGCCAUUGCACUGCAAGCUCGUAACGCUGAAUACAACCCCAAGCGUUUUGCAGCUGUGAUUAUGAGAAUAAGAGAACCGAAGACAACUGCAUUGAUAUUUGCAUCUGGUAAGAUGGUUUGUACGGGAGCUAAGAGUGAACAACAAUCAAAAUUGGCAGCACGAAAGGAUUUCAAAAUCCAAAAUAUAGUUGGUUCUUGUGACGUGAAAUUUCCCAUAAGACUUGAAGGCCUGGCGUAUUCCCAUGGUGCCUUCUCAAGUUAUGAACCAGAACUGUUCCCUGGCUUGAUUUAUCGGAUGAAACAACCGAAGAUUGUGCUUCUGAUUUUUGUGUCUGGAAAAAUAGUUCUUACAGGGGCGAAGGUAAGAGGUGAGACAUAUGAAGCCUUUGAGAACAUUUACCCAGUUCUUACAGAGUUCAGGAAAAAUCAGCAAUGGCCAAUAGAGAUUAAUACAAUCUUUGAUGGAUCGUGUAAUAGUCUACAAUCUGGUGAAAAACAACCAUCAGCUUCCUCUGCGAGGAUGAUGCUGCUUGCUUUCGGAGGCUCCAAUAUCCGGCUGCUAUUUGUUGCCAUCAACGUUGUCAGAGUCGGCAUCUCUAUUAGCAGAGCCAAGCCUUAA